GGCUUUUUAUAAUUUUUUAUUUUAUCAACUUUAUAUCCUGCCACAACAAACAACAAUUUGCAUCAUGCGCUGUCGUUGUGGAAGUACGAAUCACCAAAGAGUCUCGAGCUCACGGUGUCCCUUGAACCCAAGGAAUACAGCUGCUGAACAGGUCAUCCAAGAGCCGCAGUAUAUUACUGAGCAGGUUAUCCAAGGACCGCAGCAGAUUGAAGUUUCUUCACAAUACCAUACCAGGUGUUGCCAAUGUGGACGUACGGAUCACCAAAGGAUCACAAGCUCACGGUGUCCGUUGACUCCCGCGAAUUCAAUGGCUGACUUUAUUCAACUUACCCCGCAAGUUACCUCUGUCCCCUAAAUCCUAGAAAUCCUAGAAACAACAGGAUACCCAACGUUGAGAACAACGUUCGAUUUUCACCCUCAGUGCCUUCGACUACGGGAGCAGUUACGCGAG